UCACUUCACUUUCACACCUAAAAUCCUAAUAAACCUAAAGCCACUUCACAGUGUAAAUCCCUAAUCGACCUAACACAUUACACGCACACAAAAGCUCCAUUGCAAUUUCAAGUGACUUCAGUUGUUCUCGUCGCCGUCCAGCCAAGCAACAAACGUCUCCGAGGUGGUUUUAUCUUUCUGAGGACAGAUUCAAGUGGUAAAUAAAGGGAGCAGCGAUGACUUCUCAGGAAAAAAGUGAAGGUAGUCAACAAUCAGCUGAAGCAGAAAAGCAGUUGGGAAGCUACUCAUAUACUAAUUGGGCAGACAAGAUACAAGACCAGUACCAGAAGAUCAAAGAGAAUGCAGAAACUUACCCCUAUGUUUGGGGUUCCUAUAUAGUUGUGUAUGGGGGAUUCGGGCUUUGGUUUGCCUAUAGAUGGAGAAAGCUCCGUAAAACUGAAAGUCGAGUUCGAGUCCUUCAAGAAAGACUCCGGAAACUUGUUGAAGCUGAAGCGUCAACUAGUUCCUCAUCUGCUUCCGCUAGUAAGGCGCCUCCAUCUUCUGAUAUAUCGACCAAAUAGAUACUUGUUUUUACCCGUGCAAGUAACUACCCAUUUCUUUUGUGCUCAAAUACUAAAUUGAAGUUGUUAAUGAAAUUAUAAGGAUGUCACUCCUUGUGUGAUGAUGCGUGAUUGUAAAGGCAAAGUUGGCUAAGAGUUAGUAGGGUUAUGAGGAAAACAGUACACUUACUAAAGUUGAUGUACAUUUCGUGGCAUUUUGAGAUCCCUGACCCAUAACGAUGUAGAAAGCAAAUGCUUGGAUUUGA